AUGCCAUCCAUCGUCGCUCUUUCCUUUCAUCAAUACGAGGUCAGAGCCAUGGCUGGGGGCACGGGCCAGAAGUUCGCCUACGCCAUCAUCGCCGUCGCUGGUGUCGCGUCUCUGGCUGCGACUAUUCUAUCGUUGGUUUCAAUAUGGCUCCAAACCAAGAACUACCGGAAACCGCUACUCCAGCGAUAUGUCGUGCGGAUACUUGUCAUGGUCCCCAUCUACUCCAUCGCCUCUUGGGUCAGUCUGGUGUCCUUUACAGCAUCGCAGUUUCUCGAUCCGAUAAGAGACAUAUAUGAGGCUUUCACAAUCUACACCUUCUUCCAGCUUCUGAUCAACUACCUGAGCGGCGAACGAGCCCUCAUUAUCAAGACACACGGCCGGGCCCCCGUCAACCAUCUCUGGCCCCUAAAUCAUAUCCUUUCUCGAGUCGACAUCUCCGACCCCUAUACCUUCCUCUCUAUUAAAAGGGGCAUCUUGCAGUAUGCAUGGUUGAAACCAAUCCUUGGUCUGGCAGCAAUCAUUAUGAAAGCUACGGGAGUCUAUCAAGAAGGCUACAUCGGUCUCAGCUCGGGAUAUUUCUGGAGCGGCAUCAUCUACAACAUCAGCGUGACUGUCAGUCUAUACUCCCUAGGCCUGUUCUGGGUGUGCAUGCACGAUGAUCUCAAGCCUUUCCGACCGGUUCCCAAAUUUCUCUGCAUCAAACUCAUCAUCUUCGCGUCCUACUGGCAGGGCUUCUUCCUUUCCAUCCUGGUGUGGCUUGGAGCCAUCGGCAACAACACCUUGGAAGGUUAUUCUCCAGACAACCUGGCGGCCGCCAUCCAAGACGCGCUCAUCUGCAUUGAGAUGCCGAUAUUUGCAGUUGCACAUUGGUAUGCCUUCUCAUGGCACGAUUAUGCUGACAACACGGUCUCCGCUGCCAGACUCCCGGUAUGGUAUGCUGUUCGAGACGCUUUUGGCCCUCGAGACCUCAUUGAAGACUCGAGGGAGACAUUCCGGGGCGACAAAUACAAGUACCGCAUUUUCGAUUCUGGCGACAAGAUCAUGGCUCAUGAGGAGUCAAAAUCAAGGCUAGCCAGGCUCAAGGCUGGCAUGCGAUACGAGCGUGGUGGAAAGGCCAAGUACUGGAUACCAAGCCCGAAUGAGAUCAAUGAGAACACUUCACUUCUACGGAACGGUGAGCCAAGUCGAAGCCGUUCGCGGUCUCGCGCAGGCAAUGGCACAACAGCAGAUGAGCCAUUCCUAGAUGCGGAUGAGGAGCGCGGAUACGAGAACGCGAGGAAGCUUGAGUUUGGGGACUGGAACGUUCUCUUGGACUACACCCCAGCCAAGUUUCGCCCAGCUCCCGCGCCCGACCUCAUCAGUAUCACCAGCAUCUCCUGGACCAAGGGGGCCACCGCCUCCGCGGCCGGAAAGCGCAGAGCUGGUCAAGAGCAAGAAGAAAGGUAA